AUGUCAGAAGGUGCACAUCCAUCCGCUGACGAAGAUGUCGAGGAUUUUAAAGAACAAGAUCGAUUCCUUCCAAUUGCAAAUGUCGCACGGAUAAUGAAACGUGCACUACCAGAUAAUGCCAAAAUCGCAAAAGAAGCAAAAGAAUGCGUGCAAGAAUGUGUUUCAGAAUUUAUUUCUUUCAUAACGAGCGAAUAUCCUUUUAUAAAGUUUAUAAGCAAUGAUCCAUUUAAGCUAUGUUCGAGAAAAGAAAAACGAUCAACGGUGAAGACAUUUUAUGGGCUAUGCAAUCAUUAG